AAAUGUACUAGAAUUUUACGCGCUUAAAAUGAAAUUAUUUUGGUUUAACUUUAAUUAAACAGCAAUGUUUAGCAGCUACGGAAAAAGGUUUUGAAUUAAUUCUGUGCAAUGAGCUCUCAAGACUCUAUAUCUGGAAUACUUAACAGUAUAGCACAUUGGUCACGUAAAGAUGUAACUGAGAAACUAAAUGAUAUCGUCCCUGUGUUAGUUAUAUCCUUUUCACCACUCGCUAUGUUUCGUGAUGGAAAAAUUAAUUACGUUAUUGGAGUUGUAAUGUUUGUUUUUACUAUAUGAUGUAUUACAAUCUUUCUUUAAGUGGGCGUGUUUAACUAUAUGUGUUAUGACAUGUAUAGGGGUCAAUAGAGAGAUGUAAUUAAAUAAAUAAAUAUGUUACAUAUUACAAAUACUGUUAUAUUGUGAGAAUUGCCGGUUUAGUUAGGUUAGCUAUAUUAAAUAAAACUUUAUAAUAAUGUGGAUGGUUUGUUGGGUUAGCGAUUUUUAAAAAUGUUUCAUAGUAUUACUAAUGUAACUAGGCACUUGUUCAUACAAUUUAAAAGUACAGGUAACCUAAUCUAAUUAAUCGUUCUCAUAAUUUUAAAGCAUUUGCACAAUAUUAAGAAGAAAUUUGAAUGUAGAUAAUCUAAUCCACCAAACGAUUCUCAUGAUCUUGUGCUAUUUUUAAUGUACCUAACCUAACCACUUUAAAAUUGUCUAUUACUGGUAAACUACGUGAAGUAUCACAUUGCCUUCUUAGGUGAUGAUUGCAAUAAGUAUCAGGAAGUGAAUAAAAGCAUUCCUUGAUAUUUAUUAUAAUUUUAUGGAAAAGUGGCUUUCUUCCAAAAUUACCACUUAACUAAACAUCUACACUAUUUUACAGUAUAAUUAAUUUAGUAAACCUAACCUUAUCAACAUUUCACAUGGUUUUACAAUGUUUUUAAUUUAGUUAACCUAACCAACCCUUCAAAUGGUAAAAUGCUGGAAAAAUAUUUGAAAUAUAGCAAUGCUGUUUUACAGAACUAAUUAGGAUAAUUAGGGUAAGCCAAAAAUAGCCUUAAAUUGUUUUAUUUUUUAAGUGAGGUUCCUAAGGUAACAAAUUACUGGUAUUUCUAGUAAUACACAAGACCUGCAUCCAUAUUUUUUUUGUUUGGUUAGUGCAGGAUUUUCUUACCUUUAGAAGGUAGAACAUGGUUGAUUCUCCCCAUUACACUACAGUGUAACAUUGAUGUAACAGUAUAACAUUUAUUUACAUGUCUGUGGAUUCUACAUGGAGUCAAGUACCCUUAAACACAUACAUUUUUCUGUUUGACAUAAACUUUGAUUACAAAUUUAGUGAAAAAGUGUCUAACUUAUUGAAAACACUCCAUUUCAUGAAACAGUGUGAAUUUGAGAAUGUUAUAAAUGAGAUUGUGUUCACAUAUAGUAUGUUUUAGUACACAAUAAAACAGUUGUAAUAAUUACUUUAAGUUAAAAACAAAAAAAAAAUUUAACCACAGCCCCUAUUAGGUUCCAAGAGUACAAUGGUCUGUUUGAACUGUUGGCACCGAUGGAUGGGAAGUGCUACUCUCCUGAACGCUCUCACAGCUCCCUGCAGCAGCAAAGAGGCGACACUGCGCUGCAGCUGCGGUGUCUGCAGGCGGCUCUGCUGACAAGUCUCCCCUGCGUGGCCCUCGCGGAGGCAGACCGGUCGCUGCUGCGGCACGCCGUGCCGGCGGCGAGGCAGCUCUUCCUGCAGGUGGCCGUGUCUCUUGCGAGAGUGCCAGACGUACAGAAUAGCUCUUUGGUUCAGAGGCAGACCCACCUCCGAGUUUUGGGAGGGGCGAUUCAGUGAAGGUUUAUGGGUGCUUAACUCAGAGUUGUACGUAACUCACGCCAUUCUCUUACUGGGUUUGAGAUACUAAUAUAUCUAUAGUAAAAUAGUGAAGAAUUUGCAUUAAAAUUUUAUUUUACACCAAGCAGACAUAUAAUAGUAUUUUACACUGUUACUUAAUUUUUCAUGUAGUAAAUAAAUAAUGUAGGGAUGGGACGAAUCCACAUUUUGGUCGAAUCCGAAUCCUUGUUCGAAUCCUCAGUGUUUGUCAUCGAAUCUCGAAUCCCAGUCCCACACUAAACUUCACCACAUGUUAUUAAAAAAAAUCACACAUUUAUUUUAAAAAAUUACAUAGGACUAUGUAUUAAAAAAAAUCACAUGUGUAUUUAUAAAAUUGUAAAAUAAGUGCAUAGUGUAUACACCUGAUAUAAAAUAGAGACAAAUAACCUCAAAAACCACACACAUAAGUUUGCAUCUGUCUAAUUCUCUGUUAAAUUAAUCCUUCCUAUGUUUUCAAUAAAAUACAUUUGUAUAACAGACACCAUUUAAAAAAAUUACAUUUUUUCUGCAAUGUUAUAUUAUUGAAGGUUGGAAAUGAUCGAGUAGUUAUGCUAAUUGACAAAAUGCAGCGUAGUUUAUCUUAUGUUUGUGCUAUUUCCGUUGCCUUUAUAAUACAGUUUAGGUAUACAAUUUUCUAGAGCUGGGCGAACCUCAGUUAUCUGGUUUCGAACCGAACCGAACCGAAUCGAACCAUAGCAAAAAAAUUUUGAACCAAGCCGAACCGAACCUCAUACAGAAAUAAUUGUUUUGAAUUAAAAUGAACCGACCACCAGCAUUUUGGUCUUUAACUGAAUGGUAAGAAAGAAAGGUUCUCCAGCCAUAUGUAAAAUUAAAACAUUAUAUAGCUUAGCUUUAUUAAAACAUUGCAAAACAUUUUAUAAGUAAAGUUUAUGCAAUAAAUAAUGAAGGAAAGAAAACAGUUUAGAGAAAAUCAUUUUUCAUUUAAUUUCUUUAGAUAUAUAUACUUUUAAUUCAUGAAGAAAUUCCAUCUAAAUUCAAAAAGACUAUCUUCCUUUUUCAGUGUACACUAACAUUCAUUAAAAAAAAUAUAAGAUUAUAAAGAUAACGAAAAUUCAGCAUAAGGCCACAACAUAUUUUUGUGGUAGACAUAACCUAACAUUUUUAAAAAGUAAAACUUUUUAAUAGGACAUUAAAAAAAAGUCGAAUGUGAAUUAAGUUACCUAUCCACAUUACAAAACCCGCUGACUGCAGUUGCUGUUUUCUUGGAAGAAUGCUGCUCGUCAGAAGAAAAUUUAGACAUUUUUUGGGGUGGUUCUGGGUCAUCUGGGUCGUCAUUAUCUUUUCUCUAUUUGGAAAACUUAAACGACGUAAGUCCUGCUAGUCGCAAAUCACCUCAAGAACAAUAAUAUUGUAAACGUAACGUAAGUCAGUGUGGUUAUAAAAAUUUGCGUCGGAAAAAAGAAAACAUGAGAAAUAAUGAUGGCUGCCGCAACUACACUAGUCAACUUAGUACCGUACUGUAAUAUUUACUGGACCAGUACUUUUAAUACACAAGAUUAAAUUAAUAUUUUCAGUACCUGACUGUUAUAACCAAAAAGUCCAAAGAAAAUAAAUACAUUUCAGUAAUUUAAAAUACGUAAUUUACGUAAUCAUUUCCUACCGCAUUUGUCUUGUGUUAACUUGAUCACGUUAGUUUGGCCGAAAUACGAGAGUUCUCGUACAUGCGCUUUAGUUUAACGUAUGGGGUACGCAAUCUUUGGUGAUUUUACAACACUUCUCGUACACGCACUAUAGUUAAAGGUAUAAUAUACAAUACCUUUGGCAUUUGUACGAUAGUUUAUAUUACGUAGUACGAGAAAUGCAUACAAAAUUCUCUAAAGUAAACAAAAAACAAAGCGCGCCUAUAUGAAAAAAUGCUAUGAGAGUUAUGCGACGAUUAAUAACUUUUUUUUAUUAUUUUGUCUGCGCUUGAAACUGUUGAGGCGACGAUUAUGCAAUAAAAGUCGGAAUAUUACAAGCUAUUAAUGACAUAACUGUUAUUUUACAAGGGGAUGUUGACAUCAUGGUUGGAGAUACUUUAGUGAGGCACAUUAAGGUAUGCCAGGAUGUACUGGACUGCCUGAGUUCAACCACUGAGUAUGUUGUAUCUCUUUGCUCUGUGGACUGCAUCUUGGUGCAAAGUGUACCUGGCAACGUCUCCUUAGUACUGACACAAGCCUUCAAACACUGCAGACAGAGUGAGUCGCUGUACGGGGCCAUGUUUGAAGACAUGCACGAGAUGCUCACGAUGCUGUUCCAGAAAUGCUCUCGGCUGCAAUCGCACUUCCUAACCGCUAUGACCAGCGUAAUCAAGUUUAAUUGUUUUUUCGAAGAUGAGCUGGUUUUAUUGACGGAAGUGCUGGAGUCCAUGUCGGAGGUCGGUGACCUGGCGGCAGCUCUGGACAUCAAGGCAAUGGUGGAUGUGUGGAAAGGCUACACCCAGCUCGCGGAGGCGUACUGUGAACACCUCAAACCACGGCUGGAUGUCGCAAAAGCUAUUGCAUCUCUCUCUCAGCAAGUUGUCACCAAUUUGGAAGCAACUGUGUGCUUGGAUGCGAGUGAAGGAAAACUGAUGACAAGGAACAUAAAAGUGAUCAGUUUCCAGCUGAAGGUGAUAAUAAAACUGUGUGAGCAGUAUGCGGACUACUUGGGGGACUGCCACGAGCACUUAGUAGUGCUUCUAGUGUCCCUCUACAGGUUGUCAGGGUGCGGACUGCAGUUGAUGGAAACUGCUACUGUGAUAACGGAGGUUGUCGACAGACAUGCGGGCAUUGCUGCAGAGCCGCUUGUCGCAGCUCUGGUGUCCGACAUAUCGUUCGCCCAGAAAUAUUUUGAAGGUAUUGAGCUGAAAGAAACUGGCACAGGAGCAUCACACUUGGGCACAGUGCUGCUCUCUGUUGCUGUGCUGAAGAAGCUUAUUCACGCAGACAACAAUACAAGAAAGUUCUGGUUGAAUGAUGAAAAUAAUAUCUUCAGGAAUGUGUUCCAAAAAGUUGGCAGUUUGCACCUGGAACUGUCGUGGCCCCUGCAAAUUCCUGGCAUAAUGUCGGGAGGAGAGCCCCAGAGGAUGGUAGACUUGUACGAGCAUCUGCUGACUCACCUCGCUGGCUUCGUCAUGUCCGUCUCUGUCGGCGAGUUCCCUGGCGUGGAGGGGGUGUUGCUGGAGAACAUUCUGCAAGCCAAUGCCUGGAAGGCCUUGCUGGCCACUGACUUGUGGUGUAUCGUAGCCAGGUACGGCAGCGCCGACCUGUGCUUCCAACACGUGUGCCAGUUAUCGUCGGUGCUGGAGCGCCUCCCAGCGGCGGAGAGCCGGCCGGAAGGAGUGUUCCUCGUAUCGCUGCUAAGGAGGCUGUUCCCGCUGCUCUCGGCCAAGCACGUGGCGGUACUUCCAGAUGUCCUCCCCGUCCCGGAGCACCUGGGCGUGUGGGCAGUCGUCCCGCCCGCUCUGCUGCCCACGAGGGUCGCCGGCCAGCUGCAGGGGCACUUUGCGAGCUGCGUCGAUGCCUGGCUGGAGCAGCCUCUGUCCGUGGACCUCUACGAGGCUGUGGUGUGCAGUUUGUCUGCGGUCGCUGGCAGCAUGACGGCCACGCCUCCGGACGGAGGACUGGUGACGCGGGUUGUCAGCCUGUGGCACAGCGUGGAGAACGCAGUGUCUAGCCUUGGAGAUGAUGCCCUCGCGCACUGGCUCCAUCGGCUCAUGUUGCAUCUGUGCGAUGCCACCACGGCACUACUGGCACACAUCAACAAUCGCCAGCUCCAGCAGGUGUUGAGUUGCAUGAGAAAGCUGGUGUCAGUCAGAUGUUCAUCUGCGAAGCUGUGUGUGGUUAUGAUCCUACGAAAUCUCGGCGACAAGUACAUGGACAUGGACGCAGACCAAUCGGCUGUGUCAAAGCUGGUAGCAGGACUCUUCGCCACUCUCCUCAAGGACAAGAACGUCCUGGUGUCAGAGGCCAUUCUCGAGGCGUUUGAGUACUUCGCCCACGUCACCCAGCAUGCGGAGAUAGUUGCAGCUUCUGUACAGGACGACGAGGCAUCCCAACAGAAAGUUGCAGCCUACUUACAGAAGAUUUUACCGAAUCAAAAACCUGUGCUUGCCAUGAAACAAUAUCUUUCUCAUCAAUCACAAAUUGAGUUUGUGCACAAGUGUUGUGCUCCAAGUGUGAAUGGUAGCAUUCAGGGAACACAACCAGUGAAAAAAUUUAAAGUUGACGGUUGUGAUGAUAAUGUGAAAAAAGAUAUUCAGCAGUACUUAGCUUUAUCCAAAAAAGUUGUUGGUUUUGUACUUCUAAAGAGAGUUCCUUGUGAUGAGAGAGUCGAGCUGAAAAAGUCUGCCGCAGAAAUGUUAGACGCCUGCUGUUAAAAACCGUGUUUUACAAACUACUAAUAAUUACGUACAGUGAUGGAAAUUAUAUGCAUAUAUUUUUUAUUUUUUUAAGAUCAAAAUACAGCUGUUAACAUAA